AUGAUUGAUAACAACAAUGCAAGCAAUUCCAUUGAAAGAGAACGAGGAUCCAACCAAUUAAAAACAAUAUUGCAGAAAAACCUGGAGCUCAAUGAUCCCAAUCAUUUUCCAGGUCCGAUGGCUGUUCAAAUAUCGAGGACCUCUCUUGAAAAACUGAGAAACAAUGACUACUAUAUUACAGAAAAAUCGGACGGAAUCCGAGCCAUGAUGAUGAUGUUAUGCAGCAAGAAUUUUCCUCGUUGGGUUUACGAAGACGAUCAUACAGACCAGUUUAACUUAUUGCAAAACUGUGCCAUUGAAUGUACAUAUCAUCAUGCAAAGCAAAGUGCAAAGGAGGAUGUUGUUCUGCAAUUGACCAUUCUUGAUAACACUAACUUUCUUUACAAUAGAAGAACAAACACUGUUCAGUUAUUGAACACAGCAACAAAUAUGCAGAGAACAUUGAAAAGGCUGAAUGGAUGGUGCUUUUCAUUCUUUUUUGACAGAAAUUUUGAAUUUUAUUUAUGCCUAGAAGAAAUUGUUUUUCCAACAAAGAGUACCAUUUCUGGCAAGAUUGUUAAGGUAGCAGACGUGAAAUACCAAGAUUUGGUAAUUUUGGACGGAGAGAUUGUUUACAAUAUUCAAGAAAAAAGAUAUAACUAUUCUAUUUAUGAUGUGAUUAGCUUUGUGAAGGAAUUUAUUCACAAAGAAACAAAUACUACUAUUGAUAAGAUUGUGUCGUUGCGAAAAGAAUCCAUGACAACUCGAUACAAAGAAAUAACAAGCGGUGUCACUGACCCUCACUACUACUACUAUCAAAAAGUUUUGCGAAAACCCAGCCCCAAAUGUCUCAAAUUAAUUCGAAAACACUUUUAUGACAAGACAGAGCUCAUGACAGUUCUGAAUUGCAUCAAAGAGGAUCCAAAAACAGGCGAGUACAUCUAUAAGGGCUAUAACAAAAACGAUGGACUUAUAUUUACUCCAAAGUCAGGAGAAUUAAGCGCGUUCAAGCCAGGCUCUAAUGACUAUUUGAUGAAAUGGAAAUGGCCCAACAAGCUUACAUGCGAUUUUCUGGUGUGUCCUGUGAACAAUUCAGAAAUCGUCGAGCAUGCACGUACUUCUACUGAUAACUGCUUUUAUUUUUAUUUUCAAUUUAAGAGAAAGCUCACUCAUUUCACUGUAUGUCAAGUGAAAAAUAUUUCAGAGAGUCUUGUUGCUCGAUUUAGAGGACUUGACGCAAAUGAAGCUCUCAUUGCGGAAUGUGGAUACGAUUUGGCUAAUCAUGAUGGAUGGUAUUUCCUUCUUAUCAGAGAGGACAAAAACACACCCAACGCAUUCAAAACAGUCGCGAAUACGCUCGAAAACAUGCUUGAGAAUGUCACCGUAGACGAUUUGCAAUAUUAUUUAUUGCCAGGCGAUUCUUAUGACAGCAAAAAGUAUAUGAGAAUAUUAGAUUCUAGGGAGCAAUUUUUACGCGAGUAUGAAGCAAAAGUUAUUGAGCUGAAAGCAUUUGCUUAUUUCAAACUUGCUCACUAUCAGAGUUCCCUUUCUCUUCAGUAUUGCAUUGCCGAUGAGGGAGUUUCUUGGAAUUUUCAUUGUUUCGUCGGCGACUCAAAAGUUGAUUUGAAUCAUGUUAGAAAUAGUCAUAAUCAAGUAGUUGAAACUUAUUUCAAUCCAAUCGAUGGCAAAUAUGUUGUGACUCGAACAGUCAAAGUCUCUCCCGAAGAUUUGAUCAAAGUCUGCAGUGGCUCAGCCUUGUUAGAGAGAUUAUUGCUCAUGGAGAAGGCACGAAAUUUAGCAGACUCUGUCUUUGCAGCAAAAUCAUCACCUCCAGCAAACUCUUCUUCGAGUAGCACUAGUGGUCAACAACAACACAAGAGGUCUCUACAAGAAAUAGAUGCCAAUGGCUCUCAUGAUACAUCACAAGGCGGACAAAAUGGGGAGCCAUAUGUGAAAAAAGUCAAGCAAUAA